UCGCCAAUCAGAGCUCCCACAACGAAUACACGUUCGUCCGACCACUCAGUGCAUCUCUCGACCUCGUUCAGGUCGAUUGACUGAAGAAACCACCGACCAAACACUAAACAAAACAAUACAGGACUAUUCCCACCGCUGAAACUCCUAAACACUAUGAAGUGCCUAUACUUCUUUUUCUCCGUGGCGGUGACCCAGGGCUUCGUGACCAGGGUAACCAGAGAGGUCAAAGGCAUCCCAGCGCCAACCCUGGCGCACAUCGAUUUGAUAGACGAUCCCGGUUUAGCGUUCAUCGUGCACUGGACGCCGGUGGCAUCCCCUGACGGUGCAGACCCAGUUCUGGGAUACAAGGUAAAAGUGUGGGAAAAGCCAAAGGUUUCUACAUUCGAGUAUGAAGCAUUAAGUGGCGCCAAAAGAUUGGUAGACAAACUCGCUCCAGUCAAGUUGUUACACUCGAGCCAAGAGCCCAAGUUCAAGCCAAGGGAGAUCGUGGUCAACGGAGCUGACAAGUCCACCGCCAUGUGCGAGGGCAUAGAGACCGAGACCCCGUACGAGGUCCGAGUGCAGGCCUUCAGCAGGGCCGGGGACGGAGCCCUGUCGCAGCCGCUGAUGGUGCAGAUCUGCAAGGACUGCGAUAGCAAGAGGAAUUUGUACACGGUUGUGUAAGAACGUGAUUGUAUUUGGUAGUAUUUUCGUGGUUUCAGGUGUAUCGUGAAAUA